GCGAGAGGGAGGGAUGGGGGGAGGGGCCGGGUAUCCGCUCUGUUACGUCUGGCACGCGGCCUCGUGCGUCGGCACUUGUGCGGAAACCGUCCUCGUUCGUGGAAGUCCAGCGCUGCUGCAUCUGCCCGGCUGACUUGGCGACUGGCGAGCAUGUCUUGGGGUUACGGAAAGGAUAAUGGGCCCUCGUGCUGGGCCCGCGAGUACCCCGUGGCGAAGGGGCCCCGGCAGUCCCCCAUCGACAUCGACCCGGACUCGGUGGAGCGCGACCCCUCCGUCGACCCCCUGCGCCUGCGCUACAGCCCGAGGGCGUCCCGCCAGCUGUCGAACACCGGCUCCUCCUUCAUGCUCUCCUUCCACGACUCCAGCCACAAGGGCGCGUGCGUCAUAGAAGGGGGGGGUCUCCAUGGACCUUACCGACUCCGCCAGCUGCACAUGCACUGGGGCUCGCACGACCAUGUCGGCUCGGAGCACACGGUGAAGGGGAAAACGUAUCCCGCAGAGCUGCACCUGGUGCACUGGAGUGCGGACCGCUACGCGAGCUUCCAGGAGGCGGCUGUGGCCCCCGAUGGCCUGGCGGUGGUCGGCGUCUUCCUGGAGGUGAGCGAGGAGCACAGGGAGUUGAAGAAGAUCACCGAUCUCCUGCCGAGAAUCACCACCAAGGGCUCCGCCGUGGACGUGCGUGGCGUGAACCCGGCGCUGCUGUUGCCGCCGUCGCUGUCGCUGUGGAGCUACGCGGGCUCCCUCACCACGCCGCCGCUUUACGAGAGCGUCUCCUGGCUCAUGCUGCAGCAGCCCAUACACGUGAGCCGCGAGCAGCUGUCACGCUUCCGCGAGCUCAGCUUCUCCGGGGAGAACGAAAAGAGCCGACCCAUGGUGGACAACUUCCGACCGCCGCAGCCACUGUGUGGCCGAGUCGUCACUGCCUACCCGUGAUGACCUCGACCCUUGACUCCUGACCGUCACCUUUGACCUCUGACUGGGCUUGCCACGACUCUGUUCCUCGUGACCCACCGCUGCUGCCUCGUAGGUCAAUAUCAAACUCCAGAAGCAGUCCCUCGGUUUUACGUUUUUUUAAUCCAUUCCAUGAAAACUACUGUUAACCCCAAUAACCGUUCAUCGAAGAGAGAGCCGGUCUCCACCGCCACACAGAGAACAUAAUCACGUGAACAAAGCCAGUCGAGGUCCGAACGCCUAUAAAUGAGCGUCCCUGAUUGGCUGAGGGCAUGGCUCAGCUCUGCUUACAAGUGCUCGGAUUGGCCGAAAUUGGCGCCCCGCGUGUAUAACGUAAACGUGCCGUUCGCCCAAAUGUUAACAUUCAGUCGAAAUCAUGGCGGUCCUAUGGGAGGCGAAACGAUAACCUAAAACCGUUAACCGAUGUCACUGUUAACCGAGGGACUACCGUGCAACCCCUUAUCUAACGGUGAGAGAGGCGGUGGGGGGGGGGGGGUCCCUUUCCUACGCACAUUUCCAUCAGCAUUGGUUGAAGCGAGCCUGACUGCUGGGGCCACAUGCUGAAUGGUCACAAACCAGCCCAGAGUUCUCCUUGCACGAAACCAAUGCCGAUGGAAUAAUAAUAAUAUAUAAUGAUAUGCGCUCCCAGAGGGCUGCCGUAUGGCUGAUGGGAUUCGUGAAAAAAAAUUACACUUUUUUAUUUAUUCAUGCAGAAAUGGGGUACGGUGCGAAUUUGUCCACUUAAUUCGUUUUGUUGAGCAAUCAUCUGGCGCGUGUAAGUAGCGUGUAGGAGAGGAGUGGCGGGGGGAGACACCCGG